AGAGAUCAUAAUCUGAUGCCAGGUCCUGUACCGGAAGUACCACCGAGGGAACGAGUACGACGCGGAAGACGGAUCGCAGCACCUCGUCCUAGAAACCGGGCUGCAAUCAUGAAUGAAAAUCAAGCUGAUGGAGCAAUAGAAAACCCUGAACCAAUGGCACAUAUUCCACGUCGGAGAGGAAGACCACAUCUUGUUCGUGCUGUUAAUGAAAAUCAUGAUCUGCCAAUAGCUGAUGUUAACGUUGGACAGGGGCUGAAUGAGGCACUCGGACAAGGUCAAAUAGACGAACCGGAACUCCUUCCUGUUGAAGAUCCAAUAGCUGAUGUUAACGUGAGGCAGGGGCUGAAUGAGGCACCUGAACACGUAGAUGAACCGAUACGUCUCCCUAUUAACGAUUUAAAUCAUCAUCAACUUUACACAUGUUCUACAACAUAAAAACCAUUGAAACACUACGGAUGAUGGAGAAAUCACAGCCUUUGUCAACAUAAAAAGCGCUAUAUACACGUAAUGACUUGUUCAAGUUUGAUUACAGUAUACACCAACGCCAAAACAUACUUUAUCUAGCU